ACCAAAACAUAAACUGAUCCAAGACAUAAUCACCAGAUGGAACAGUUCAUUCGAAAUGCUUGAACGUUUUUUGGAACAACAGCCAGCUAUAAUGGCAACUCUGAUGUCCAAGGAUCUACGAAAGGGGGUCACAGAUGUAGGCACGCUGAGUGAGAGUGAUAUUGCCAACAUGGAUGACAUUGUUCAGUUGAUGGGUCCUGUCAAAAUGGCAACCACUGUGAUGUGUGAAGAAGACCAGCCAACUCUCUCUGUAAUUGCUCCUCUUCAAGCAAAACUGCUGAAACACCUACAGCCAUGCGAAGACGACUCAACCCUGGUUGCAGAGAUUAAGAGGGUGAUGGCCAGUGACCUCUCCACACGCUACAGAGGCACCCAAGAUGCUCUCAACAUAGCAUCAGCGUUGGACCCGCGAUUUAAAGAACUGCCCUACCUGGAAAAAGAGGACAGAGAACAGGUCUACACAAAACUGGUUUUUGAGGCAGAAGUGUCCCACCAGAUGCAAGCAAUGGGAAAUCAGGAGGAAGACGAGGGAAGCUCAAGCACAAAGCUGUCAGGAUUCAAUGAAGAGACCACAGCUCCAAAUGAGUCACCUCCUUGUAAGAAGAAAGCCUUAGAUGCGCUGUUUGGCGAUUCCUUCACCCAAAGAGAAAGAAAAUCCACAAGCGAGACAGCCAGAGCAGAGGUGUUAAGGUACCGAGCAAAAGAUGCGUUGCCUUUGACUGAAAAUGCCAUGAAGUGGUGGAGAUCUCAGGAGAAAGAGCUACCUGUACUUUCCACCCUUGCUAAACGGUACCUGUGCAUUCCAGGCACCAGUGUGCCAGCAGAACGAGUUUUUAGUACUGCUGGCGACAUAGUGAACGCACAGAGAAGUGUUCUGCAGCCAGAUCAUGUUGAUCAGUUGAUAUUUUUGAAAAAAAAAUCUGUAGUCAUUGAAGAGUAGCCUAGUAGGUUAC